GCGGCCGACGUUGCCAGGGACGACACCAAGAUGGCGAAGGAGAAGAGGAAACGGAAAGGGAAAGAGGAUAAGGACAAGGACAAAGACAAGGAAAAAGAGAAGGAAAAGGAGAAAAUCAAACUCAAGAAAGGGAAGUCGGGGGAUUGGACGGAGGAGACGGCGUUGGAGCCGGAAGCGGCGCAAUCGGAUGCGAACCUAACGUGCCGGGUGGUGUCCGAGGCGCCGGAGGAAGGGAGCCUGGAGCCGGUGCCCGAGGAGCCCGAGAGCCACGAAGUGUCGCCGGAGGUCACCAUCACCUACUAUGAGGAACCCAUACUGACCAAGCUGAUUGUGGCGAGCUACGAGGGAGAGAAGAUGCGAGGUCUUUAUGAAGGUGUAGGUGUUGCCCAAUUCCAAGGAGGUCAUGUCUAUGAAGGUAUGUUUUCGGAAGGCAUGAUGCAUGGCCGAGGUACCUACAUGUGGGCGAACGGAAUAAAGUAUGAAGGAGAUUUUGCGAUGAAUACUCCCACAGGCCACGGCACUUACACAUGGACUGACGGCAGCACCUAUGUUGGUGAAGUGCAAAAUGGAAUACGCCACAGACAGGGAACUUUCACGUGUGGUGAUCGAUCUAUUUCUUACACUGGCGAUUGGAGCUAUGGCAAAAGGCACGGAAAGGGAACAAUAUACUAUAAUGAAGAAGGAACCUCAUGGUAUCAAGGUGAUUGGGUGAACAAUGUUAGGGAAGGCUGGGGAGUUAGACGGUAUAAGAGUGGGAAUGUGUACGAUGGAGAAUGGAAAAACUUUACUCGUCACGGAGAAGGCACGAUGAGUUGGAUUUCCACUAAUGAAGAAUACACAGGCCAAUGGGAAAAUGGUAUUCAGCAUGGAUUCGGGAACCACACCUGGUUUCUGAAGAGGGUGUUGGGUACUCAGUACCCACUAAGAAAUCAGUAUGUAGGAGAGUUUGUGAAGGGGGUCCGACAGGGUCAUGGCAAGUUCUUCUAUGCAAGCGGAGCCAUGUACAGUGGAGAAUGGCUGGCAAACAAGAAGCACGGUUUUGGAACAUUCUUGUUUAAGAAUGGUCGUACUUUUGAGGGAGAGUUUUUGGAAGAUCGCAUGGCAGAAUUUCCUAAUUUUUCAAUUGAGGGGAUGAACACACCAGAUCUGAGUACCAUACGCACCGAAUCACCAGUUCAAACUGGCAAUAUCGAAGAAGAAGGAUCAAAAAGUGCAAUUAGAUCAAUUCUGCAACAUAACGUGGAACUUGAUAUCGCAUCAGUUUUGGAGAAGAUGCCAGAAGGAGACAGACAAAACGAGGUUUUGCAGUUAGAGUAUGCUAUUCUUCGAAAUUUCACACAACUGAAGAAAAUAUACAGUUUCUACAGUAGUCUGGGACACCAGCAAUCUCCGGAUAAUGCCUUCCUACUGAGCCAGCUCCAGUUCUGGAGAUUUCUCAAAGACUGCAAAUUUCACCAUUAUGGUUUGAGUCUGGCUAUCAUGGAUAGAAUUCUUCACGAACAAUUUACUACAGUGGAGGAUACUCACUCUCCGUUUGACACACUGUUGUUGGGGAAGUUCCUGAGCUACAUUGUCAUCUUGGCCUACCAUAUUUACCACAAAGAGCAUGAAGGUCAGCGUCCAAUUCUUGAAGAUUGCUUUUCCAAACUAAUGGCCAACAAUCUUAUUCCUUAUGCCUGCGUUGUUCAUGGGCGUUUAUUUCAAGAACGUGAAUGUACUACGAUCACACUCGGCUAUGCAAAUAAAUGCUGGGACGUGUACAGAACCUAUUGUGAGCAGAACCGUAGGCCAGCCAACACCAAGAUCAUGACAAUGAGGCACUUCCUGUGGAUGCUCAAGGAUCUAAAUUUAUUGAGCAAGCAUUUAACAGCAACUCGUGUUGUCCAGAUCUUGUCUCAGGAUAACCCGGCAGUGUCUGAUGGAACCUACCAUAACAUGGACAUUGAGAUGGUUUUCUUGGAGUUUUUGGAAGCCCUUCUCUCGUGUGCAGCAGUAUAUGUGACCAAAAGAAUGCUUGAGAAUUCGGAAAUAUCAUCUGGAACGUCAAGUGGUGUGAAUCUAACACACCUGUCAAGUACUGUGCCUGCUCAGGCAAGACAAGAACCUAUAGACCUGCAGGUCAUCAUCCAAGAAUAUAUUUCUCCUGAACCAAAUGGACGCGGCGCAAAAUCCCUCCUGAAGAAACGUGGAGAAGCUAAUGGAGUCGGUACACGGAGGUCAGAGCGGAGGAAAAAUAAAGCAUCUGCCUCAUCAGCUGAGAAGUCCACAAAAGCAUCCGCCCAUCAUGAUCAGGGCAAAUCUGCAGCUGUGCUGAAAUCAGCUCAGAAGGAAGAGGAGCUAAGCCAGAACAUUUCCCAGUUGCUGCCUGGUGAGAACAUCUCUGGAGAUUCACAGAGUGAAAUGAGUGAUUAUGGUAAAGGAUCAGAAGAUUUGCAAAUUGCGCUCAAGCUACUCGAAACAAAAGCAAUGUCUGCCAAGGCUCCAGCACUGAAACCUGAAGUCAAGUCAGGGGCUGAACUAGAAUUGUGGCUGAGUCAAAUCUGCUUCUUCUUCUUGAAGAGACUAUUCCCAGCCUAUGAACAUGUGGAGGUCUUGAAGCUAGAGGCAAGGAAAGACAUUCUGCGACAGAAUGAACUGGAACACCAAGCAAGGAUAAAGAUUGAAAUGAGGUUGAAAGAUAAAGACAUAAAAUGCAGCCAGGAGAAUGAAUCGUCAUUGAAUGCUGGAUCACAAAGUGACGAAGAUGAUAAAAACUAUGUUCCACAUAAGGAUAAUAUUUCUGUCAUAUCCUCUAAAAAAAGCAGCGGAGUCAGAAAGAAGAAAAAAUCCGUAUGACUUGGGUCCUCACAUAUAAACGGGGACUAAUUUUAAUAAACCAUUGUUAUUAACAAUUUUCUAACUUU